AUUCAUUCAGUGAUAUAUGGAUUUAAUUUCUAUUUAAUUUAAUGUGCCACCUAACUCUUGCUGCUUUUGUUUGUUUGUUUUCGUUAUAUUCUUGCUUGGUGAGUUCCGGCUGCCGUUAAGAGUUUACGUUUACGUGGGUGUACGUAAAGUGAUAUAGCAUAGCACAUAAGGAAAUAUGUAUAAUUGUAAGUAAAUCAACAACAUGUCACACAAUAAUUCCAGAAAGCAAUUAAAGGCAAAUUUGAGUGUACUACACAGGCUUCAGCCUAUGCCCUCUAAUAUAGCGCAAGCAGUGUUUGAAAAAAAAGGUUUGGAGAAGCCCACACAGAACUUGUUCAACAACUUAACUUACUACUUAUUGAGUUUGAUUGAUCCUCAAUUCCACUCCUCUAUGACGUGCCCUCUUUAUGAUACAAGACUAGAAAGGGCAUUUAGAAGCGAAUUAUCUGGUUUUAUAAGUCAUUAUGCCGCUAAAGGACUCCUAACCGAUGUAAGGUCAUCAUAUUUAGUCCAUCCUAGUUGCCAAAAAGUUACAUUACUGAUGUACCAACUUUCCAUACUAGCUGUAAAGCAAAUGCUUACUAUAAAGAUCAAAGGGACUGAAAAACAGAAGAUAUUUGAUGAGGUAUCUGAAAAGUUUAAUAAAAGACAAGAUGAUAAAAGUUUCAGUGAAUAUAUGAAGAAUUUGAACUAUGAAGAUAAUGUUUUGGAUAAGCUGGACACGUUUUUAGAAAAAAGACAACAUUAUGCAAUAAUUGCUGAAAAGUUGCGCACAAAAAUAACAGAAAGCAAGGAGAAAUUGUCUAUUUUAAACCCCAAGGCAUACAUAAAUAGUUUAAUAGAUGGUUUCAAUUAUGACUUAGUAGAUGUAUCAUUAAAAGAUGAAAUAUUGAAAAUUAAAGAUAUCAAGAAACCAGCUCCAAUUUUUGAGGAAUGGUUGAAAGAUCUCGAUGAAGAAGUGGAUAAUAUGGAAGGUACCUGGGAUACCAAAGUGUUGCCACUUUUAAAUAAUUGUCGGAACAUGUAUAAUUUGUCAAAAGAGCUCGUCAAAAGGGAGACGGGUCAAAUAGAGAAGAGUUGUUACAUGUUAACAUAUGAUCCAAGCGAUGCAAUUUGUACAGAUGAAUUGCAAAAUGAGGUCAACAGUAGUCAGAAAUAUAUAUUGCAGAACAUCCAACAGAAUGGGAGACUGAAUUUUCCCAACCUCAUCCAAGCGUUUCUUAUAAGUAUGUCUUACAUUUUGAAAAGCAACAACUUUGAGAACGAGACAUACUUCAACGAACGUGUGAGAGCUUACCAGGAGCAGUUAGGUGGAGUUAGGGCGGCUUUCCAAGCCUUAUUAGAGAGAGUGGACAGGAAUGAGAAGAGAUUACAGCCGACGCCUGUAGUCAACGUCCAAUCAAUGUCCAUAGAAGAUCACUGGCAAAUACCUCCUCUACCAGACCUCUCAGGCCUCAAAAUGAAGCAAAACCAAUACAACUUCAAUUUUGAUACUUUCACCCCUCUAAAUCACUCCAAACACCAGUUUAACCUAUGUAGAAGAGGAGAGGUGGUCUCCAGGCCUCCACCCAGACCAGUACCAACCUAUCAUGCUCCAAAAGACGAUUUCUUAAAAACCUUACUAUCAAGUAGAGUAAGAGUCUUUGAUCGUGAAAAUAUAAACCAGAGUAGUAAUACUUCCGUUAAAUCAAACAUCAAAGUUAACGAAACAAUAGCAGGAUGUUCAUCUGGGUUCACGAAAGAACAGGUUGCAAGAUUGUUAUCAACGAAGAAAAGCAGCAUUAAAAAGCAUAAGAAAGCAAUGGCCAGUCCCGAUAAUGAUAAACUCAUAAAAGGUCAAUUGUUCAACGAAUCGGUGAUUUCAAAUGACAAACAGGGUUUGUUCAGGAGUUAUUCCUCGCCCAAUUUACUUGGCAACAGUGAUAAAAAACCUUUGUUUAAUAUUAGAGGGAGAAAAUUAUCUAUUAUGCAAGAAGAUAGUCCACCGUCAUUCAACGUUUCUGGCGUUGUUCGCUUAGAUAACAAUUUUGAUACACCCAAUGCAGAAAAUUCUGGAAAUACCAUUAAUUUUCAAAAAAUCAGCGAUGAAGUCAACAUACAAAUCAAUAAUGUUCAUAGAGAAUUAGAAAACAUAGUUUCUCCAAUUUUAGUGCAAGAAAGUCACGCUAAAGUGGUAACUGCAAGCAGGAUACCACGGAUUAUUACUACUGCACCAGUGGAAGAACAAAAAAUACACUUGCAUAAAACUGAUACGAGAAGGGACUUAACUACUGCAACAAAAGUGAAACAAGACAUGCACUUUUCUAAAACUGAUACAGCAAGAGAGUUACAAGAAUCUCAUUCAACUGAAAUGACCUCAACAAAAGAACUCUCAAAGAUUUAUUUUUCACCGUUAACUGAGCCAGAAGCUAACUCAUCCAAAAACAUGAGCAUGAAGGAUUUGCAAGAAAGUCAUCAUUCAUUGAAAACUGAUACAACAAGAGAGUUACAAGAAUCUCAUUUAUCUGAAAUGACCACUACAACAGAAUUAUCAAAGAUUUAUUUUUCACCGAUAACUGAGCCAGAAGCCAACUCACCCAAAACAAUGACCGUGAAGGAUUUGCCAGAAAGUUAUAAUUCAUUCAGAACAACAGACUUACAAGAAUCUCAUUUAUCUAAAAUGACCACAACAACAGAAUUGCCAGGGAUUAAUUUGUCACCCGAUCCAGAAGCUCACUCAUUCAAAACCGUGACCGUGAGAAAGCAAGACAGUCAUUCGUUGAAAACUGUCACACCAAGAGUGUCUAUAUCAUCAAUGCAAGAAACUCACACACCAAAACCAAACGCUGCCCUCAUAAAAAAGACUAGUUCUUUAGAGAAAAUUAUCAACCGUUUCAAACAAGUGCGAGCAAAGGUGAUACCCGUUAAGGAAGAAAACGAAAAUUUGGAUACAAACAACGAUUUAAUAACUAGAAAUUUAUUACCGGACCUUUUGAGUCCAAGUUUCAGUUUGAACAGGAGGUCUAACAGUGAUAAUAAUUUUGAUAUAUGGGGUUCAGAUACAGACGAUGUAGUUGAUAAGGGACCUAGGGUCAGUUUAGGGACUAUGCUGGGCGUAGACCAUACCUUUUUAGACCAAUUUGAUCUGAGCGACUGAUAUUUUCUUCUAGUGCCUUGGAAACCACAAGUGGGUAUUUAACGAAAAUCAAUAUUCUGCCACUAGUGCAGUUAUUGUAUUUAAAAUAUUGUUCCUUGCAAAAGUGAUAAAGUACAAUUUUUAAUAGAAGUUUUAUAGUAUGUCGGUGGUCUGUGUCUAGUAUGUAGUGUUUGCAUUAAGAGGCUCAAAAGCUGUAAACCCAGAGCCGUAAAACCAGUUAAAAAAAGUUUACAUUAAGGUGCAUGCUGUGGUAAGCUAGGGUUCUUCUCUCGCACAAUCUAACAUUCUCAAUUAUUAUUGUGAAAGAAUCAAAUGUGAUUCGGCCAAGUCCUAAACAGUAAAAUUAUGUUCAUUUUUGACCUAAUUUUAUGUAAUACUAGCGGAUGCCCGCGACUUCGUCCGCGUGAAUUUAGGUUAUUAAAGACCAGUGGGAACUGUUUGGUCUUCCGGGAUAAAAAGUU